AUGGAGAUAUUUGAAAAUUCAAGACAAAUUAAUUCAAACAAUAUAGUGGACAGUGAUGUGCAAUCAAUGCUAUUGCCUUUAAACUUACUACAAAAUGUUUUUUUCUGCCCCAAAUAUCGAAUCAAAAAUGAUUACAUAACUCCAACAAACUUAAUGUCCAACUUAAUCUCAUCGAUUGCAACACUAGUGUUUAUAAUGAUAUAUGCGUACCGAAAUUAUUUGAUCCAUUUCUCUAAAAUGUCGCAAUUGUCCACAGCCUGGAAAUAUACUUCAUAUUUUAACGGCUUUUGCUAUUCUUUAGGUUUCAUCAUGAAUUUAGUGAUCGGCAUCAUUCAAAGCCAAAAUUCGGUACAAUUUGUUCUUACUUUCCAAAAUGUGCACAGCCAACAACGACUGUCAGGAACGGAGAAGCGUCUCUGCAAGAACGUGCUUCGAAUGUCCCGCGCUGGGUUCAGUAAGCUGCGUGUGUGCGGUUUGUUCUACGCAGGCGCGGCGCUGCAGCUCAGUCUAAUUGCGCUGCUAGCUGACUAUACUAUCGUGUUAUUGCAAUUAGCUUUUCUGUAA